UUAAAUUCUUUUCUUUUUCAGAAAAAUUAAAUAUGGCAACAACUAAUAAUAACGCUCUGAAUUUACGUGACUCUAUUGAUAAUGAAGACUUAUGGGAAAUUGGCUCAACAGACAUGAGUUCAAUGGACGAUACCUCGAGUGAUUCUCUUGACCAAGAUGUUAUAGAAAACUGUUUGAAAUAUGAUCCAUAUAUAAAAAGACUUUAUGCGGAGAUGAGAAAUAUAGGUGCUGGAGGAUUUGGGGCAGUUUACGAAGCAAGACACAGACUGGACAAAACAAAAUGUGCACUUAAAAUUGUUUUAAUUGAUCAAAAAAAAUUUGAAACACGUGAAGUGGAAACUUUAGCUCUACUGGACCAUGUGAAUGUUCUCAGAUAUCAUGAAUCAUGGGUAACAGAUCUCCCUAAACCUAUCUCUUAUACUAAGGCAUUUGAGGGGGGUGAGGAGGAGGAGGAGGAGGAAGAUUCUGAUAAUUUUGUUUGUUUUGCAAAAGAAGAAGAAGAUUCUUCAAGCAAAAAUAAUAAUGCCAUAGGUGGUUAUAGUAAGUCUACAUCUACAAGUGGUAAAGGUUUGGAGGAAAAAUAUGAUGCCUGCUUGGUUAUCAAAACUGAACUCUGCAACCCAGGGAAAACCCUUAAAACACUAAUUGAAUGUGGAGAAAUAUUUAAGAUGGAUGGUCGAGACAGGCAGAAGCUGUUUUUGGAUAUUGUAUUUGGUCUACAGUACAUACAUGACCACGGCUUCAUGCAUCGAGAUCUAAAACCUCCGAAUAUUUUCAUUAGCAAAGAGAAUCGAGCCAAGAUAGGGGAUUUUGGAUUUGCCAGAAAAUACAUAAUGUCUGAUGCAAAUGGAGCUUCUCCAACAUCUGAAAAGGACAGAGUUUGUUUCUCCAAAAAUUUAGGGACAUCUUAUUACAUUGCACCAGAAGUUGAGAACUCGACUGUUUAUGACAGAAAAGCGGACUUUUACAGUCUUGGAAUGAUACUCUUCGAGAUGUAUUAUAAGAUGGGUUCUGCAAUGGAAAGAGAUAAAAUAAUGAAUUAACUAAGAGAGCAGGACUUCAGUGAUUUGAAGAAUAUUUCCUGGAAUAUUCAGGAUGUUAUUCAAAGCCUUUUAAGUCACGAGCCCUCCUCAAGAAUGGAAUUGGAGAUGGUUAUAGACAAAAUCAUGCAACCACUGGAGCAUCAGCAAAGUGUUGAGAAGACCAAGGUCGGAGCACAACCAGUGAAUUCUCCAGACGUGGAAUACCCAGGACCUGCCAGGAAACUUUCCUUCCAGCGACAAAUAAGUGAACCAUCUCCUGGUGCUACUAGUGAAAAACACCAACCAGUUCAGGCUACUGCGGAGGAACUGACCAAAUUGACCCAUAGCUUAAAAAUCCGUGUCAACAAGAACAUCCAAUAUGACCGUGAGGAAGAUGAUUAAGCUGAUAGUGUCAUGAUGAACUGAUUUUGGGACUGAGUGAGUCUAUGUUGAAUGAAUAUGCUAAGUUUCUUCAUGACAUAUGUAUAUUAGAUCAUGUUUUAAAAUAAUAUUUAAUUGCCCAUCUGCAAGAAGAAAACAAAAAAAAAAAAAAAAAAACACAAUUCAUUGGGAACACCUUGAGUUUCCUAUAACUGUAAAAUUCUUGAUCUAUAUAAAAUUAUGGUUUCCAUGUUGUGAAUAUACCUGCAUUUACAGGUAGUGACAAUUAUGUUGAUUGUGGGGAUCAAUUAUUAUGUACAUGUAAAUAAAAUCACAUUUUAUAUGUUAAAUUCAUUAAUGUACCUCUAUAUUUAUAGUAUAAAAUGACAUGCUUCUCAUUUUAAAAUUAUGAUACAUGUAAUUAAAUGCUUAGAUCAUUGCUUUGAAAUGUAAAUUCAAUCAUAUUUUUAUCAUGUUUUUUUCAUGUUUGUGAAUAGACUGGUCAGAUUUUUUUUAAUACUUUUUGAAAAAAAAGUACAAAUCUGAUCAAAAUAUGCUAACAUAUUUCCAUGAGUUUAACAUUUAAGCUUUUUAAUCAUUGCUUUAACAUGCAUUGAUAUUCUGUUUUUCCAUGUUUGUUGAAUUAGCUAUUAGUUAUAGUUCAUGCAUAGAGAGUAAGUUCGAUUGAUCAAUAUAGGCUUUAAUCAUUAAACAUGGUUUAUUUUGUUAAUGUAUGGUAACAUACAUUAUAUAUUUUGUUUGCUUAUUUAAAUGUAAUUAUGAUAUUGAUCGAUACUUGAAGUAUCGUAGUUUGUACAUGUACAAAAUAAGUAUUGAUAUAAUAUAAUAUUAAACAUGGAUUUAUUUUAUUUAAUUGAUUGUUCUACCCUGCAUGUGUAAACCCACAUGCAUCACAGUUAAAGUAAACAAUAUUUUCAA